AGCUUGAGAAUGUGCUGGAAUUCGCGUGCAUUUGUUACACAAUGUUCGUUCACAGUUUUUCGAAAAGUGACACUACUCCGGUAGUAUGUCGGUGUCGGAUAAUUAUCGAAAUUUUGUAAGAAACGGAAGCGGCAUUGAGAUUUUGCAUCGUUAAAUGAUCUUUCCUGCAAUCAGUAUUUGCAUUUUACAUCCAGAUAAAACUCGCACAAUAAAACUCGGUUCUUAUAUCAAAGAUCUCGAGGAACAGCACACUCAGCGAAAAAUUCCAACUGUUCAUUGCUCCGUACAUAAAUUAAUUUUAAAACAAUUCAGAAAAGAGAAAUAAAUGCAUCAAUAGAGAUUGAAUGAUUAUAUAUGACGACAGAUCUUAUAUAACAACUGCAUAAGCGACUUGAUUACUUAAUCAGAUCAAACACCUGCAUUUAAUCGAGACAAGCGCAUUGUAUGCGAAUGGUAGGUUCGUCCUAGUGGCUCAAUUUGCUGCGUUACGUUGGAAAAUCAAAAUUCCGGGAUAAGCAAAAUUAGAUUUUAAAUAUGAAACGAUUUUAAAUAUAUGUCAAAAAUAGCUCUUCCUGCUUUGCGGCUUAUUUCUCCAAGGAGAAAAUGCGGUAAGGAUGCAUCGCACAUCGAUCAGUGAUGACCGCAACGCGGCACUCUCGUGAUGUAAAUGUACAGGAUACAUUUCCGCGUACCAUGUAUAUAUAUUUUUCCGACCGUUGAACUUGUCUUUUGAAACAGCAAUAAAUCAACAAUCAUCAGUAUGUUCGCACGAAUAAGUGACCUUGAUGUAAACUAUCGACUGACAAUCCCGCAUAGUGGAAAGAUGCUUUCCAUUUGACGAACACGUAGCCGACAGUCUUGAGAGAAAGAUUUUAUUCGAGUAGCUUUUUGAAGUUUUUUUCACGGGAAUAACACAGCUAUGGCGGAAGACGCGGUGAAGGACUGGAAAAUCGCCAGGACCGGCAUCUCUCUGCUGCUGAAUAACAAAACUGAGGAAGCCGAAACUCUGUUUACCGAGCAUCCUCAUAGCUUCCAUGUCAAAGCAGGCCGUUGUUUUGUUCUCUUCAUGAAUGCUCUGAUGACUUUCGAAGAGGACAAGUUUCAGCAAGCCACAUUAUUACUUAAAGAUAUGGAACGGGAAUGUGCGGGCGAUAUAGGAUGGCUGAAGUCUGUAAAAAGUAAAGUGUUUAGAGCCGAAGAAACUGAUAAGGACUAUGUGAAUAAAUUAGAGCGUCAAAUAGUUCUGGCAGAUACGCAGGUAUUCUCGGCUGUGUCAUUGUUUCUUCAACAAGAGUUAACUGGAUACGUUCGUGGCUGCUGGAUGCUUCGUAAAGCUUGGCGUGUUUAUCAACACGCGUACACUCAAAUCUUGCAAUUAUAUCGUCGCACCUUCGGUACAAAUCCGACCGGAUUCAGCCCAUGUUGCAUCAAUCCGAGCAACGGGUCAUCUCUGCAGAGUCCGCAGAGUCCGGAAUCUUCGGAAUGGUCAAUACCAUCCUGCAACGGUUACACGAACAACGUGACGCCCGUGUCGUCACCAUCAGGUCUGCGAAGCUCUCUAUCAAUGUUCUUCUCGCUCACUGGCAUCACGUCUGAACAACAGACACCCUUUGUGGAACCUUCGGAGGUAACACGUUUAAUGUCGGCCGCAAGUUUCGGUUACGGUGUAUACCAACUGUGCGUGAGUCUUUUGCCACCGUCUGUGCUGAAAGUGAUCCACUUCUUCGGCUUCGAGGGUAACAGACAGUCUGGUCUUGCUGCUCUUAUGUAUGCACGACUUGGCGAAGAUAUGCGCGCACCGCUCGCUACAUUAUCUCUACUUUGGUAUCAUACGAUUGUACGUCCGUUCUUCGCGCUGGACGGGUCCAACGUAAAAGCGGGGGUCGCAGCAGCGAAGCAGUUGAUAGCUGAAUGUCAUGCCGAAUUCCAGAAUUCUGCCCUUUUUCUCUUUUUCGCUGGCAGAAUGGAACGUUUAGAGACAAAUGUCAAUGCAGCUUUAGAAGCGUUCGGUAAAGCUGUGGAAGUUGCAACUCAGAGAGAAGUCAAACUAUUGUGUUUACACGAGGUAGCUUGGUGCCACGUGAUACGCUUGAACUACGAUGAAGCGUAUCGAUCUUUAUUGCAGUUGCAGCAGCAGUCGAGGUGGUCCAAGGGCUUCUACGCGUACUUAGCCAUGGUUUGUUGUGGAGCGAACGGGAAGUUUGACGUUCUCCUGUCGCUGUACGGCAAGAUACUUCCUUGGUUUCAUGAGACGAAAAACGAAUCGCAACUUGAUGUUUUUAUCAUGCGCAGGCUGCCGAAAAUCGUUGAUAAGGAAACUGGACAUCCUUACACAGUUCUGUAUUAUAAGUUGCUCGUAUACGAGUCACUGUACUUGUGGAACGCUCUUCCGUCUUGUUCCACUGAAUCGCUGCGAGAAAUCUCUCAUGGUAAUAACAGAUUAAUUUUUAAUCAUUAUGAAACGACGCUAAUGAGCGCGCGGAACGCCUUCUGUUGCGUUAACGCAGGAAAUUGUCCGAGUGUCCCAGCAAGUUGCCAUCAACGAUUCUCUUGGUACCAUAAACUCAUCAAACCUUUCGCUUUCUGCGUCAUUACGUCAAUGCUCGCGAUGUGCGUAUCCCAUCUCUGCGAUAAAUAUUCUGCAAGUGCGUCAUUAAAAAUGAUUAAGACAGACUUGAGAAACCUCAGAUCUCAUUUGGGUACUCUCUCGUUAGAAGUGAAGAACGUAAUGGAGAUGCGCGAUGAGCUGAAGAGCAAGUUGAAGGAAGUAGGCAGCGUGAUUCCAAAAAUGUCAGAAGCCAUUCUCAAUCUGAGAAAUGAAGUGUCUGAGGAAAUGAGUCUGCACACGAAGAAUUUGCUGAAAGUUUUAUCACCGGAAACCGUUAGAAAUAUGGUGAAAAAUGAAUUACAGACGUACGACGCCGACAAAACUGGAAGAACGGAUUACGCUCUUGAAAGUUCAGGCGGAGCGAUUCUUUCGACACGAGAUACCGAACCAUACUCGACUGGUGCACCUGUGCUCAAUCUAUUCGGCAUACCGCUUUGUCAACAGCAGAACACACCCCGGGCUAUAAUACAGACCGGCGUUUUGCCGGGCGAAUGCUGGGCCUUCAAGGGCAGUAGCGGCAGCGUGGUGAUUCGAUUACUCGGCCAUGUGCACGUGUCCGGAGUUAGCCUUGAACACAUCUCUUCAUUGAUAUCCCCUACUGGGGAAACUGCUACGGCGCCAAAAGAUUUUUCCGUUUGGGGUUUAUCAAAUCUGGAUGAUAAGAAGCCUUUCUCAUUUGGCAAUUUUAUAUACGACAAUACUGGUUCGCCGUUGCAGUACUUUGAGGUCCAGAAUCGAGCAAAAAAAGCAUACGAUAUAAUCGAGGUGAAAGUACAUUCUAAUAGUGGUAAUCCAGAGUAUACAUGUAUCUACAGAAUACGGGUGCACGGAACGCUUAGUGAAACGUAUCAAGUACACGAAAAUCAUAUUUUUCCUAAAAUAUUAUCAUUUCCUUACUUCAAAAGCGACAUAAAUAAGAAAGUUCUUUCAGAAUAA